AUGUUUGAAGCGAUUACAGCGUACGGAAUUAGCGGGCGAGCGGCAAAGCGUGACAUUGUACAAGUUCAUUGUAUCAAUCCGCGAGAAUUUGCUGAGGGUAACUACAAACGAGUGGAUGAACGUCCAUUUGGUGGUGGCCCUGGUAUGGUGAUGAUGGCUGAGCCUUUGGCAAAAGCAAUCCACCAUGCCAAAGAGCUUGCAAAGCAAGCAGGUGCAGUUCAGGUUCCUGUGGUGUAUAUGUCACCACAAGGGCAGACCUUAAAUGAACCUGCAGUACAACAAUUCGUUGAAUAUGACGGAUUAAUUGUACUGUGUGGGCGUUAUGAGGGGGUUGAUGAGCGUUUGAUCCAAAAAUAUGUUGAUCAGGAAUGGUCGAUUGGAGAUUACGUGUUAUCAGGCGGUGAACUCCCUGCGAUGGUUUUAUUGGACAGUAUUAUUCGACGUUUGCCGAAUACCAUGUCAGAUGAACAAUCGGCAGUGCAGGACUCAUUUGUGGAUGGUCUUUUAGAUUGCCCACAAUAUACCAAGCCAGAUCAUUUUGAAGGUUUGGAUGUUCCUGAAGUACUUAAGUCAGGGCACCAUGCCAAUAUUGAAAAAUGGCGGUUUUUGCAACGCUAUCAACGCACUUUAGAACGCCGACCUGAGUUGGUGGAACACGUUGAGUUGACCAAGCAGCAAAAAAAAUGGCUAAAAGAUGAGCGAGGGCUCUUUAUUGAUCUGAAUAACAUCAGCAAUAAAGGGAAAGAUAAACGGGUUGAUACGCGAUUUAGCCUCUAUCCCCAGCGGUUGUGCAGACCUCUUCUGUCCCGCAAAACGGAGAUUCCCACAAUGAGUGGUAAACAUCCUUUAGUUCAAGCAAUUGAAAACCAACAGUUAAAAACUGACAUCCCAGCUUUUGCUCCUGGUGAUACAGUUAUCGUUCAAGUAAAAGUAAAAGAAGGUGAGCGUGAGCGUCUUCAGGCUUUUGAAGGCGUAGUCAUUGCGAAGAAAAACCGUGGCUUGAACUCUGCGUUCACAGUACGUAAAAUUUCUAGCGGUGUUGGUGUUGAGCGUGUAUUCCAAACUCACUCUCCAAUCGUUGCUAAAAUCGAAGUGAAACGUCGUGGUGACGUUCGUCGUGCUAAGCUUUAUUACCUACGUGAAUUGUCUGGUAAAGCUGCUCGUAUUCGUGAAAAAUUACCAGCGCGUAAACAAGGUUAA